CAGGUCCUGCCCAAUUCAAUAACAAUGCUGUUCGGAGUCGCUGUUGCCGUAAUAUUGGUCUCAACCGUUCUGUGGUACAUAUUUGCAAGACUAAGAUCAAGUCCAAAACCUCAACCAAGUCCAACAGCUCAACCAAGUCCAAGCCCAAGUCCAACAGCUCAACCAAGUCAGGAAAUGAAAAAAAUGCAAAAGACCGCUUAUUGGCAACUAGCCCUAAUCAGUUGUAAAUGUGCAUAUGUACGUAACGACCAGGAAGUAAUGGACAUUCUGAACAGUGAUAAUGAGGAGCGAGGAAUUCAUGGCUUCAAGGAAUAUCAGCUGUCAAAGGAAAUGGAAGUCCUUGGUGCCAAGUUGCGAUACUUAAUUUCUCGGAACAGAACCAAAGAAUUAUUUAUUUCGAUUUCAGUCACGGGCGGUGAGAAUAUAACCGACGAGCAGAAAAAAAUGUGUUUGCACCCAAAAGGUCUAUUUGAUGGAAACGUUUCAUUAAUCAUACUGGAACUAGCGGGCAGGAUCCCUUGGAUGUCCCUGUUAGAAAAGUUUAAGGACGAGGAGCUCAUCAUUUGUGGACAUUAUAUUGGAGGAGCGGUGGCACAACUUGUCACCGUACUUAUGAAGUGUCAUUUGCGACAAAAAAAAGAAAGGAUGGAUGGAGAAAAGAUACGGUGCAUUACAUUUGGUGCACCACGUUUUGCGUCUGAUCAUUUUACUGCGUUUACCGAAAAGACUGGGGACGAUGUUUUGAUCGAAAACGUCAGAAUGGAGAUUGACGCUGGUUGGCGUGAAGACCUUGCCCCUCGGCAAUGUUUGGGCAAGGGUGAGCAGGCUUAUAGUGAUAAAGAUUUACCGGCUACCAAUUAUGUCGAAGGGGCGGAAAAAGUUCUUUUGCCAAUGGCACAACAGGACGAGGAGCAAAUUACUGGACUUACUCCCGUGGGUCAGGAGGAAUUUCUCAUUGAAGCCACCAAUGGUGAGUUAUCUGAGUCACGGAUGCCAAGUGAAAAACAGUGUAUUGAUGCGUAUCUGAAUAGUUUUAAGAAUCACUAUCACAGCAACUUGCACACAUUUGAGUCCAUUGAUGCGCAGGCAGAGUACUUGCUCGACCCUCAGCUGCAACUCCAGGACGCAGAGUACCAUAAUGGCUGUCUGAAAAUGAAAGUGAGUGGAGGAUAUGAUGCUUUUGACUGGUUCACAUUUGAUUAUGCCGCCGCUAAGCCAGAAAAUGUAAAACUAGAGGAAACAACCAAGACAGCGACUGGGUUAACGUUGAAAAUAUCCUUUCCUCUGGACCCUGAAUUAUAUGACACAGUUGAACCCCCAGUCCAAUUUACUUGUGAAACGCAUUUCGAACAUAAGCAUGUACUAGUUGUUCCAUAUGAUACCAAGGGUCUCUUUUGCAGUUGCAUGAAAAGUAACGGGAAAGAAAGCGUGGCUGACGUCGUGAUGAAAGCAAUCAAAAGGCGGAAUCUUGUCGCAACGCAUUCUCAAACAGCCAAAGAUGAAAAAGGUGAACUGGUGAAGUUGAUAGAAAAACUCACAGAAUUAAUCGAAGGCAGCGCAAAUGAAAAACAGCAAACCGAUGAUGCCCAGCGGUUGUCAUCAGACAUUCAGGAGAAAAUACGUGACAAAAUCAAGAUAGUAUACGAUAGAACCAUGCAACAGAUAUUGCUUGGCUCGGUUUCGGGUGGACUUUCAGCUUUUUGGUUAUUGGCAGGAGUUGGCAUUGGCUCAGAAGUCAUUUCUACCACAGUAGCUGCAUCUAGUUUACCAGUAGUAGAUGCGGCAGCAGCAGCAGGAGCAGGUGCAGUUGGUGUAGGUGCGGGUGCGGUGACAUAUUAUGUUACAAAAAGGAAAGAAACCGUGGCGGAGCAAUACCGAGCAGUACUGAUAUCAAUUUUGAACAUUUUGUUAAAUGAAGAAAACGCUGGUAUGUCGUGCAACUGUAAACUUGAGAAAAAAAUUUACGAAAUAGCAAAACGUGAAGAAAUUAUUCAACCAAAUGCGCUUUCUGUCCACGAAACAAAAAAUUUCAAACAAAGCAAAAAGAUCACUAAAGAAACACGCAACCAGCUGUCUCAACGCCUGCAUGCUGUAUGCAUUAUUCACCGAAUGAGAGGAUUACUUUUGAAUGAAAUAUUCAUCCUCGUGGUUGGUCAACAGAAUCACGGCAAGACAACCCUUGUCCAGCAGCUGACAGGAGUGGAAGGUCAAGCUGCAGACAGUGGCUAUAGCAAUCUUACUGAGAAGCCAACUCUGUACAAGUACACCGUGGGGCAUGAUGUCAUUAAUCUUGUAGAUAUGCCAGCCACAACCGCCAUUGAAGAAACAAUUUCCAAUCUAUCCACAGAUUUUGGAAAAUCAGCUGAUCUGUUGGUAUGGGUCUUCAGUUUUAAUGGUAAGACCGACAGGAACUUUGACGAUGAAAGGAAGCAUAUCCUGUCGGUGGGGCGACCAGUCCUUCUCUGCUUUAGCAAAUGCAUGCUUGCAGCAACCGACCCUUCUUUGAAAAACGGAGGAAAUAUUGCGGACUUGCUACCGAACGUUGAGGAUGUACCCAACGUUGAGGAUGUCAUUCCUAUGGAACUGACGGAAGAUGGGCAGAAAGCUCUGGCAAACAAGAAAAUAACAGGUGUACAAUCAUCGGAAGACGUUGGCAAAUGGAUUUCUCUGUGGAAGAAACGCUACCUUAAAACCCUUAAUGCAAUAUAAAAUUUAAGUUUUGGUUACAAUUGAUUGAAAAAAAGCAUAUGCAUUUCAUUAAUAGAACGGUUCAAUAUCUAAUUACACAGCAUACAAUAUUUUAAAAACAGUUCUCAGAAGUGGCAACUUUCGAACAUGAACGUGCAGAUUUUGAUUCUAAAAUGCAAGCUUCUAAGCCGUCAAUAAAUUGAAGUGCGCUGAAAUUUAUCCGCGCUGCUUUUUCCAUUGUAUAAACUCACAAACAUCAUUUAUGAAAGUUGCAAUGUCUGCAUCAUUAGUUCUUUCAAGUUGGACAUACCCACUUAUUUAUGCUAUGACUUACAUUUGAAGGCAUGCCCCUGAUCAUUCAACUAUUAUAUGGAUAUAUUCAAUUAAUUACAGUGACUGAUAAUGAAAUGGGCGCCUAUGAUAUCUUGCUAGUAUCAAUAUUUUUCAAUUUUGAAUUUUUGUUUCCAGUAUUUUCCAACCUACAUUUUGUUUAUUUCUCUUAAAGUAUUGUAGCUUGUGAUAUGUUUGUGUACGUGUAUAUGCUUAUUCAAAUCAUACAUAAUUCUGUCUCUUUUGUUUUACACGAGAGGUGUAGUGCUUUAAUAUAUAUUACCAAUUUUAUAUAUGCAUCACUUACCAUCAUUGCGCUUGUGCACUGCUGUUGGAUCUUUUUGAUUGAGUUUCAAUUUAGAUGGCAAUGGCGUUAAUAAUGUGUAUAGAAUUUCGAAAUGUUUGCAUAUGCGUAUGUAAGUGUGUGUUUCGAUCCUGCAAUUAGUUAAUUAAUUAGAUUGUGUGUAUAUGUGUUUUGGGCUUACACAUUGUAUUUAUGCUUCACGUUAAAUAUAAGAGCUUAUUUUGAAUGAAUAUGUGUUAAACCAAUUGGAUUAUUGGCUUAAGUAAUGCACAUCUUUUAAAUUGAAUAUAAAUUGUACAUUAGAUUUACUUUUAUUUUUUCAUUAUUCUUUAUGUUAGGCCGUAUCAGUACCUGUAUUAUUUUUAUCACUGUCUACAUCCUUGUUGCAGUUUUAGGUUACCAUUCAUACACUUUUAGCAUCCUGUCAUAUAUGUGCAUGCUAUACAGUUGCAUGUUAAGAUAAUAUUAGCCUUUGUAACAUAUGUAGUCAGACAAAGUUUGGUUUUCAGUGGUGUUGGCUAGUUUUUGUAGAACUUUUAACUGUUUCAUUUUGCUAUUAUUUUGCACUCAUCAUU